UACACGUGUCACAUACACAGAUAAGAAAAGCAAAAACAAAACGCCAAACGUCAAAACUCAAAACGUCUGACGUGUAUUGAAGAUUUCUUUUUGAAAACGUUUGCGAAACAUCUUGCAUAUUAUUCUUUUAUUUUAUCAACGCUAAGACGAUUCGAUAAGGUUAUUAUCGCGAGUCCACGUAUUACGCUACAGAAAAAAUGAUGCGGUUAAUAUUUUUCGCUGCCUUCCUGCAGUGCACGAUAUGUCAGCAAUAUCAACAGAAAGUUGCUCCUGGAGUGCCUCCUCAGAAUUAUCAACAACCACCGACGCCACCGUCACCACAGCAGCCUCCUCCUCCCCCGGCGCCACAGCAACAGCAACCCCCGCCACCCCCACCGCAGCAGGAGGUAUAUGAGCACCCUCAGCAACAAUACCAACCCCCUCCACCGCCCCAACAACAGUACCAACAACCACCGCAGCAAUACCAACAGCAGGUCCCCGUACAGCAACAAGUGCCGAUGCAACAACAAGUGCCGAUCCAACAACAAGUGCCGAUCCAACAGCAGCAAGUGCCGAUCCAACAGCAACAGCAGGGGCAUGCGCACUUGGGAGAUCCUCAGCUAUUGAAUCCUGCUAACAUAGCCCAGGAGAGAGAUCAUAUCCAAGAGCACAUGGAGGUGCCGAUAGACACGUCGAAAAUGUCGGAACAGGAACUACAGUUCCACUACUUCAAGAUGCAUGAUGCUGAUAACAACAACAAGUUGGACGGAUGCGAGCUCAUCAAAUCGCUCAUACAUUGGCACGAACAAGGGCACAAGCAGCAACCUCAACCCGGCUCCCCACCAGUGGGCGAGAAGAUAUUCAAUGACGAUGAACUGGUGAACCUGAUAGAUCCAAUAUUAAACAUGGACGAUCAUAACAGAGACGGUUAUAUUGACUAUCCGGAAUUUGUGCGCGCGCAACAGAAGAGCCAGAAGCAGAAUUAGACGGGGGAGCGGGCGGAGUGAGUGAUAGAUAGGGUCGAAGUAUUAAAAAAAAAAAAUACUUUUUUAUAAAAAAAUAUUUUUUAGUUUUUUUUUAUAAAAAAAGUUUAUGUGGUUGUUUUUUUUGUUGUGAAAAUUGGUAUUCCUUUUGAAUUGCUAACGGAUCGGAAUUUUGUAGUUUUUUUUCAAAAUUGAUUUUGUUUGUGAUUGAUAUGAUGUAAUAAUUGAUAUAAUCAAUUUUUAAUUGUUAAUUUUUUUUUGUAAAAUACGACCUAAAAGCAUCUAAAAAAGUGUGUACAUGUAACUCAAAGCAGGUCCCGUUAUCUCCCACUCUGCCCAAAGGUUUUACAUUCCUGACUGCGUAUAAAAAUGUAUGGAUCAGUAAACAAGUUGGCAGGGGAUAGAAUUCUGGACCCAACAAUUAUUCAGUUAAUGUGUAAAGAUGGUAAAUAAUCCUUAAUUUUUUUUUCUAGUAUUAAAAAAGGCAGAUAAAAUAAUCAACAAGGUUUACUAUCGCUAUUAUGAAAAAAAAGCAAUGAAUAACUGCUCAUAGAGUAACAAUAGGUAUGAUUUGACAGAUGACGCUCUCAUUACAAAAAAGCCACAGAAAAAAACUACAAUUGUCAAUUUCUCUCAUUAUCUGGCGCCAAUCUGGUGGCAAAAAUUUUAGUGGUCCUCAUUCUAAGCAUUCUGCUAUCUUGGUUAAUGGUUCAUUAGAAUUUAAUUGUAGGUAAUAGAUAUUAAGGUAUGUCCGUGUCCGUUUGAAAGUAACUCAGUUUAAAAAAAACUCAGGCUUGUAUUAAAAACACAAAAAAGUGGAUAAAUAAAAAAAGUUUUUUUAGCCAUAAAAUACUUUUUUUUACAAUACAUUAAUGUUUUUUUUUAACUUUGCAUAAUGGUAUGCUCUGCUAAAACUUAUAUUGAUGCUUGGGAACCUAUUUAAUUAAAUAUUGCACAAUGAAUUUGUAUCGGACGAACAUAUCUUCAUAUUUAUGUAUCUAUAUAAGUGUAAGUAAUUUUUGUACAUAGAAUUUAAGAUUGAACCAAUAGGUCCUAUGUCAUAUAGAAUUAUGCAAGUUUGGCAUAGUAGUUCAACAGUUUACCGCUAGAUGUCAGUUUUUCGAAAAUGGUCUGUGCCUUAAUACUUUACUAAAGAUCUAUUUUUUUAUGUUUUUCUAUUUGAGUUUUUUUUUUAAAGUAACAAGUGAAGUAGCUAUGUAUUUUUUUUUUGUUUGGGAAAUGACUGCCCAUAUACAGUUUAACAUCAUUUUUUAAGUAUUGAAAUAUGACAUAGGAUCUAUUGUUUUAUAAAACGGUUGUAAAUGUGUGCUAGAAAAAACUUAUAUAUUUUUAAUAAUGUCUAUUUUGUACGUGGGAAAAUUUAAUAUGUUUUUUUUUUAUAUAUUUCGUGAAUAUUGUAUAAAUAUUUCAGAUGUUUCUUGAAUAAGUAUUCGCGUUUUUUCUUGUUUUAUCUAGCAAUACAAAGUACAUAUUUUUUUAAAUAUUUUUUUCAUAGCAUAUGUCUAUUAUAAAUACUACAGAUUAUUAGAAAGUGGUUAAAUACUUGUUUGUAUAUCGUCGGUUGAAAGGCUAAUUGACUUAAGCAACAUUUUUUUCGAAAAACAUUAUCUAGGUUAAAAAAAAACAGAUAAAAGUGCUGAUGUCAAUUAGUCUCACCCGUCGAUAUGUUACAUUGACUGCACGUAAAAAAAACAUAUUACUUUGACUGUACCUAAAAAUUAUUUCAGAAAAACAUAUUACAUUUUACCAUGUAUUUCACUCAUCUGUCGCUAAUCAUUAUGACCGCUCUGAAGUUCGUCAAAGCAACGUCUAUAUACAACUUAGCCGUCUACAAACGAUCUUUGCGUGGUAUUGUUAUUGAAAGUUGAUAGAAAGCUUCCAGAUGAGUUAUAUUGAUUGGAUCAUACUUAAUAUCACGACACUCUCUCUCUCAUAGGGGUAGGGAGAGACUAUGGAUUGCACGAUUCUGGCAUACUUCUCUCGCUGUGUCCACCUUCAUCAAUCUUUUCAUGCAUUCAGUUCAGGGUACUUUUGACCUCUUUACUAAGAAUGUUAUCUGACAUUCGAAGGUUCGGUGCGGUCGACCACUUCCGGCUCUUCCAUCCACAUUCGCAUUAUAUCCUCUUUGUCAGUCUAUCAUCCAUCCUCUGCAAAUUCCCAAACCACUUUAGCAUACCCUUCUCAAUUUUGGUAACAACCUCUGUCACUCCACACAUAUCUAUAACCGUAGUAUACCGCAUAUCAUACAUAGUCACCUCACACAUACUUCUUAACUCAUUUCCUUUUCAUUAUUAUUAAUGCAUUUAUGUUGGACUGCCUUGGUGGCGUAGUUGUACUGCAUACGGUACGGCAGCGCUCUGAGGUCCUGGGCUCGAAUCCCGGGUCGGACAAUGAUAUUUGGGUUUUUCUGCUCAGUAUCAGCCCGGAGUCUGGAAUUUGUGCCCGAUAUGGCAAUAGGCUCGCCCCCUAUCACAUCAUGGGAACACACUUGUCCAAAAGUGGGUGACCUGUUUGUGUCUACAUACCCUUUCAGGGAUAAAUGCGUGAUGUGUGUUUGGUUUUGUUUUUUAUCCAUUAUAUUUGUUAGCCUGACCAGGGUCGGCUUAUGCAAACACACCGCAGACUUUUGGGAAAGGGCUUCAGGCACUCACAACCCUUAGAAUGAGACCAAGUUGAGGACAAAUAAAGGGUUACGAACCUUUGUUCAGGAUGGCUACUGGAACUGCCUAAUACAUCAGCGGUCAGGAUUGAUUAUGGUAAGCGACAGGGCAGGGCACAUAGUUCGCAGAACUGACGGCAGUUGGGGCAAAGAAGUUCCCAGUAGAGACCAGGUACUGGCAAGCGCAGCGUUAGACGUUUGCAACAGACUUGAUAAAAGUCGCAGGUACACGUUGGAUGCAGGCCACUUACAAGUCCGUCUGGAAAUCUUUAGGGGAGGCCUAUGUUCAGCAGUGGACUUUAUGUGGCUGAUAAUGAUGAUAAUGGACUGUGAAAGGUUUCCCUUGACGCAGAAAGCGAAACGAUUUCAGAGCGGUCAUGUUGGUGUUAGUUAUGCUACGAAUUUGUAUUAUUUAUUUCUUGUUUUAAUUUCAAAUGAUUUACUAUUUUUUUUAGUAAUUACAUACAUUAAAUGUGCCUCAAUGUUCAACCUUAUGUCUCGAAUUGUAGUAUCUCAUUUUGCUUGAUAGUUGAAAAGGUUAACUGUAAAGUAGAAAAAGGUAAAAAGUAGAAAAAGGAAUCUUACUAAGAAAUAUUUUUAUUUUAAUUGUUUAAAUGUGAAAAUAAAUGAUAUUAGGAGGUUCUUAAAAAUAUAACUUUGUCGGUAUACAAUUUAGGUAAUUUAAAGUCUUCCUUGCGUGAUUUGCAAAGACUAAACUAAAAAGCUUUUUUUGGUUUAGAUUAAAAAGUGAAAUGUUGUUAAAUUCGCAUAUUUAUUUUCAAAUUGGUUAGAUUUUUGUUUUAUUGUGUUGAAAAUAUGGAACGUUAGAGCUUAUAAUUGUAAUCAUUAAUUAAUACACAAUACCUUUAUAUUCUAAUUUAAUAACAAAAAACAAAAUUUCAUAGCAAUUUCUUGAGUAACUAAGCAAUUUUUGUUUCAAGACAAAAAUAUAAGGAAUAUGUUUUAGGAAAAAUGGCAUACGUCGUCAGAUGGUUUCCUUAUUAUGAUUAAAAAUUAUUUAUCGGUGUGUCACAUAUUCUUAAAACUUUUUUCUCAACUAUUUUUAAUGUUCGUGAUACCUGCCUCCUUUGUGGCACAAAGUCGUGAAUCUGUGUCGUUUAAUUGUGAUUCGUUUAGAGACUAACAUGUGACAUACGCAUUGGUCUCCCCACCAAUCACAUUUAUACGAAACGGAAGCCCCGUUUCGUGUGUUUAUGUCACUUUUUAAGGCGUUAACGUUUUUUUUAAACACAAAUAAGUGUACUACCCUAUCCAAAAACUCAAUGAUCUUUUUUAUUUAUAUCAAGAGAUAUCUUGUAUAAUCUGUGCCAACUAUCUGUAUAUGUUGUUCGUUGUCAAUUGUAUGUAUGUGUGGUGUCUUUGAAUGUUGAAUAAAUAUUAACUUUCAUGUCACUA